CACUCCCCUCAUUCGAACAUGGCUCGUCCUCAGCAUGGAGGCAAACGGAAAAGGGGGGGCGAAGAGAGAGGUCAAAAGAAGAAACAAUGGAGAGCAGCCGAUACGAACUGGACUGGACAUGGUAUCUUCAUGACAUGUCCAAGAGGCAAGGAGCGCAAAGCUGCCAACGAGCUGAUAGAGAUUCUGACAGAUACUGCCGCCUCGCUCUACCCAAACCUGGACCUUUCGCAGCUGCCGAUUCCCAUCAGACCGCCCAAGGCUGUGGACGCAAAUGUUGAUGACGGAGACGAUGAUGACUUGAGAAACGGACCGACCUUGCCAGCGGCCGGUACGUCUCCAGUGGAGGCUAUACCUAGCACGAGUUCACAAGAGACGAGGCAAGCAGAGGCAUCUUCUAGCAAGCUGCCAGAGCCGGCAAAGAUAGAGCAGGUCGCGCCCACUGCGAAAGCAACUAGUAUUGAAGAUGAGCUACGAGCAGAGCUGGCUAGUCUUCGUGAAGCAGACUCAAAGACGUUCGGCAAGCGGAAAGCGCCCCAGCAGCAAGGCAAGGGCCAAGAGGGCGGGGAGGGUGGGCAAGAGAAGCCAGCCACAGCCCCAGCCUUCCGACUGAUGGAGACGGGUACAGAGUGCCUCGUCUUCAUUGGCGUGCACCAUGUCCUGGAUCCUUUUGACCUCUGCGACACCUUCCUGAGCGAAGUGGAGCGCACCGGCGAAGCUCGCAGCCGCAUCAUCAGUCGUCUCUCCCCGGUCGCAGGACUCUGUCUUGCCAAUCACCAAGAGCUAGACCUCUUUGCGCGUAAGGUCCUCCCAAGGUUCUUCCCCGCCGACGGCGCCGGGACAUUCAAGAUCGACCCGCGGAUCCGCUCGCACAACACCCUCAGUCGCACAGAAGUCAUCGAGCUUACAGCUCAGGCUAUUCCCCGCUCCCCGGCAGGCGGAGGCGGUGGCGGGGGAUGGAGGGCAGAUCUGAAAAAGGCAGAGAAGUGGGUGGUGGUGGAGAUUCACAAGGCCCAGGCGGGUAUUGGAGUCCUUUCGAAUUAUGUGCGAUUUUGCAAGAUGAACCCGCUGGAGCUGGCGAAUAGUAUCAAGACGAAGAGGUUGGAGGGGCAGGAUGGCGGUGGGAAAGGAGCGCAGGCUGUGCAGGAAUCAGCAGCAGCAGGGGGAGAGGAAGUGCCGAAGACUGAGGAGCGAGAUCGCCCGGCGGCAGAGACGGCGGCUCCUAUCUGAGGCAACGGCUGCCAAGUCCAGCCCGACAUUUGCAAUAGCAAAACAAACUGGAUUGAUUAGAGGGGCUGCUCCUUCUUUGAGCCC